AUGCUUAAAUCAAAUAAACUAACCUCUGACUCAGCUUUAACCACCAACAGACCAACCAGUCGCAUAGAUACGUCCUAUUUAAAUAGAGGAUACUCUUAACAUUCCUAAAACUAAAGUACAAAUAAGAAAUUGUGGAUAAAAAUUAAUAAAGUCACUGAAGAUGCUGCUGAUACUAAACCUUAUAUUGCAAUCGAAAAGUAAAGGAAUGCUUAUUCUUGUCACAUCAAGGUAAGUGUAAUACUAAUUUCCAUUAGCCAUCCAUAAAUAGGAAGACAAGUUGUGAAAUAAAAAAUUAAAUAGAUUUUAAUGAAAUUAAACAUUUCAUAAAAGAAGUCGAUGAUCAAUAUGAGGAUGAACCAUUUACGAAAAAGGCUAAUCAACAAUAAAAAUAGCAAUAUUAAAACGAAAAGAGACUAAAUCAUUUAAACUUAAUAUUGGCAUCAUAUAGGGACAGGAUUAAAAGUAGAAAUAUAUCAAAUGACAUAGAACCUAAUAAUUAAUAAAGUAUUUAUAUAAUUUGAUGAAUACAAGAAUAUAACAAUAAAAUUAAGAUAAGAUCAAAGUAGAUUGCAAUCAUAAAGUACAUAAUUAAUAAAUCUUAGAUAACAUUCAGACAACAAAAUAGGCUUCAAAAUCUCAAAAUUGAAAUAACAGGACGCAUCAUAAUAGCUGAUUUACAGCAACUAUAUUAAAGUACUAAAUGAUUUAAAUUUUAUGAUUUUAGUCCUUUAGAGCCUCUUCUGAUUAUAUUGUGAAUUAAAUCCCACAUAUGCCUUCGUAAUAGAUAUCAAAACUAACUGAAGAAUUAGGGAAUCCAGAGAAUUAUAAGUAAUAUAAUGACUACUAAUCAAUUUAGUUUAACAAGUGAUAGACUUGAGAAUUCAAAAGAACUUAGUGGAAGGCCUAUGACAUCUAUGAAAUGGAUAGUAAGAAGAAACAAGAAGAAUCCUGAUGAAAUAGACAAUCAAUUAUUUAUGGAUGAAUCAAUGAUUAGCGAGACUGAAGGUAUAUCAUUUGUUUCUAUUAGGCUAGCAAAACUGAAUUCUUUAUAUGGAGAAAGUAUUUAAAUUUAAAAGAAUUUAUUGUAGAACUAGAAAAGCAGUCCAAUUAAAGUAAUUAGUGCGAUUAAAAAAAUGGAUUAGAUUAAAUCUAUUAUCAAUAACGUUAACUCAAAUAAAUUGAUGAAUAAGUUUUUAAUAUGA